AUGAGCAUGUUCGGAGCCCUAAACCGCUUCAUCUCGCGCCUCGAUGCCGAGCCCCAAGACCGCGACCAGAGCACCAAAGGCGCCUAUGGCUUCCAGAUCCUGCGCAACACCAACCAGGAGCUGUCCAUAGAGCCCUGGUUCGACUUCAUCAUCGGCGUUAACGGCCGCACAAUAGACAAUCCCGACCCGACGCUCUUCGCAACCGAAGUCCGCAACUGUGCCGGCCACACCAUCAGCUUGGGCGUGUGGAGCGCAAAAGGCCAACGCAUCCGCGAACUCUUCGUCCCUAUUCCCGCCGAGAACCCGACACUCGGACUUUCCUUGCAAUGGAGUCCACUGUCGAGCACCGAAGACGUGUGGCACAUUCUUGAUGUGCAGCCAAACUCCCCGGCCGACCUCGCUGGUCUUUUGCCCUACGGCGAUUAUGUCAUCGGUAGCCCUGAAGGCCUCGUGAGAGGCGAGUCGGGGCUCGGAGAGUUGGUUGAGGACUACAUCAACCGCCCACUUCGUCUGUUCGUUUACAACCACGAGUACAACGUCACCCGCCCCAUCACCAUCACCCCCUCCCGCAACUGGGGCGGCCAAGGCCUCCUCGGCUGCGUCCUCGGCUUCGGCGCGCUGCACCGGCUGCCCGCUCCGCUGGAGGAACCGCCCUCCGGUCCGGGUGAGACCCUCUUCGACACGGCCUACACGACCAACGCUCCCACUGGCGCCGAUUCCGCCGGUCCUGGAUUCAUCGGGGCGGGCGCGGGCAGCGGCAUGCCACCCCCGCCCUCAUCAGCGUCCCCGUCCUCGUUCUUCGUGCCCGCAAACAUGCACACCCCGCCUCCACCCAAGAGCAGUGCGUCUCCCGGUCCUGGUCAGCAAGCAGCGGCGGCGGCGACGCACGGCGGCCGGACGCGCAAGGCCCGCGCGCAUCAUGCUGUGGCGGCUGGGGGCAUCGACGACUACUUCAAGGAAGGUGAAGAGAAGAGCAAGGAAUUGGACUAUGGGGGCGGAGGAGGCGGACGUGGAAGCGUGCCGCCGCCUCCGAAAGCGGGAGGUCCGCCAAAAGGAGGCUCGCCGAUGGGAGGUCCCCCGAGGGACGGUCCGGCCUCGGCUGCUACCAGCCCUCCUCCAGCAGCGGAGGAAGCAUCAGGAUAG